GGACCGUCUUUGGGUUUGCUCAUUCAGAGGUGUGGAGGCUCCAUCUGUGACCUGGUUCAUAUAAAACCUUGCGAAUUCAGCCUGUUCUCCUCGGCAUACAUUAGAAACAAGCAUCCAUUUGAUUUGGUUUGUUUGCUUAAUUUAGCAUCCAUAUCUGACACAUAUAUUUUAUCGAAGACACAAAAAGAGGUGAAAGUACAAGAUGGAUGAGGAAUACGAUGUGAUCGUUUUGGGCACUGGACUUACAGAAUGCAUCCUGUCAGGUAUUAUGUCUGUGAAUGGGAAGAAGGUUUUGCACAUGGAUCGGAACCCUUAUUACGGGGGCGAGAGUUCCUCCAUAACCCCUCUGGAGGAGUUGUACAAGCGAUUCGGAAUCGCAGAUGCUCCCCCUGAGGCAAUGGGUAGGGGGCGAGACUGGAAUGUUGAUCUCAUCCCCAAGUUCCUCAUGGCUAACGGUCAGCUGGUGAAGAUGCUUCUGUACACAGAAGUGACCCGAUACCUGGACUUCAAGGUUGUGGAGGGAAGCUUUGUUUACAAGGGUGGGAAGAUCUACAAGGUUCCUUCCACUGAGAGCGAAGCUCUGGCCUCCAAUCUCAUGGGAAUGUUUGAGAAGAGGAGGUUCCGGAAGUUCUUGGUUUUUGUUGCAAACUUUGAUGAGAACGAUUCCAAGACCUUUGAAGGCGUUGACCCUAAACUUACCACCAUGAGGGACGUCUACAAAAAAUUUGACCUGGGACAGGAUGUCAUUGACUUCACUGGUCAUGCCCUCGCCCUCUACAGGACAGAUGAUUACCUGGACCAGCCCUGUCUAGAGACCAUCAAUCGCAUCAAGCUGUACAGUGAGUCCCUGGCUCGCUAUGGCAAGAGCCCCUACCUGUACCCUCUGUAUGGGUUGGGUGAACUGCCCCAGGGUUUCGCCAGGCUGAGCGCGAUUUACGGAGGGACGUACAUGCUGAACAAGCCAGUGGAGGAGAUCGUGAUGGAGAAUGGACACGUGGUCGGGGUUAAGUCUGAAGGAGAGGUGGCGCGCUGUAAGCAGCUGAUCUGUGACCCCAGUUACAUCUCAGACCGGGUGCGCAAAUGCGGUCAGGUGAUCCGUGUGAUCUGCAUCUUGAGCCACCCCAUAAAGAAUACCAAUGAUGCCAACUCCUGCCAGAUCAUCAUCCCGCAGAACCAGGUCAACCGCAAGUCAGAUAUCUAUGUGUGCAUGAUCUCAUAUGCACACAAUGUGGCAGCCCAGGGCAAGUACAUCGCUAUUGCCAGCACCACGGUGGAGACCAGCGAGCCGGAGGUCGAGAUAGAACCCGCGCUAGAGCUGCUGGAGCCCAUUGAUCAAAAGUUUGUGGCCAUCAGUGACCUUUAUGAGCCUACAGAUGACGGCACCGAGAGCCAGAUUUUCGCCUCACGGUCGUAUGACGCCACCACCCACUUCGAGACCACCUGCAACGACAUCAAGGACAUCUACAAGCGCAUGACGGGCAGCGACUUUGACUUCGAGAACAUGAAGCGCAAACAGAACGACGUGUUUGGUGAAGAUGAGCAGUGAGGCGGAGAGGGGGUGGGUUUUCCGGAGUGGGUGAGCAAACGGGGGGCUAGAGUUCAGUGGGGGGGGGUGUGAGGUUGGGGAGGAGGAGAAAGCUGUAGAGGGCGUGUCAGUCCAGAUGCCCUCCCCCUUCCAAACGCGCCUCUUCCUCUCACCCACCUCCCCUCUCUGAAUGUUCCCAGGACCACAGAUUCACCUCUCCUACAGCCCACUACGAGGCAAGCUUGACACUUCUGGAGGGUUUUUUCGUUCUGUUUUUGAUUCCGUGCUGAUUAAACUUCUGUCUGUGAGCUGCACACACAAGUCGUGAGUCCCUCCCUGGAGUACCUGGGGACAGUAUGCUUUUGGUUUUUUUUGUUUUUUUUUUUUUUUUUUUUAAAAAAAACAAGAUUUCUAUUCCUAGGACACGUUUUCUUUUGGCUAAGUUUUGACUGCACUGUCUUUGUCAGUGGCUCAGUGCUUUGGUCGUUGUCAUUUCUGCUUUUUAUCGUGGGUUAGAGGGUCCCAUACGUACGUGCACAGACACACAAAUCAUUGCAGUUAAUACACACACCUAUCAAUUACCUGCUGAACUUUGGCUGUGGAAUGAAGUUGAAUGUUUAUAGGUGACAUUGAAGGAUUUUUCACGGCCCCUGGGUUGUUGCUGUAUACCAAAAUUAAGGGACUUUUUGGGAUUUAUGGGCAUAACAUUCCCAUGUCUCCUGAGAGGGAUCAUGUGACUGACAGCACGUUUUCGGUCCCUUCUUACAGGGGACACGUCCUAUAGAUUUCUGUCUGUUAAGAAUUCUGAUCAGCCUGCUUUUUCUAUCUCAGUGUCUUGGCCCAAAAUACCCUUGAAAAAGACAUGAAAAGAAAAUCCCAGUACAAGCUGGUCGUCUUAAUUCCCCACCCUUUUACGUGGAAGAUCAGUGUCACAGCCAGAAGCUUGGGGGGUGUCUGAGUGUGAGCUGAAGGUAGCUGGCCUAGUGGUUAAGGACAUGGACUGGUGGUUUUGAAGGUUACUAGAUAAAUGCCCAGGAAUGCCUUAUAGUGAUGCUCGGUAAGGUUAAUUGAGACUUAACUGUGCAAAUGGGUAAAAGUGUAAGUGUUAGGGUAAAACUGUCAGAGAAUAUCUAAAAAUGUUGUGGUUUCUUGUGAGCUAAAACUGUGAAUUUGAUUCUGAAGAGUGGAAGGCAGGAGAGCAGGAUGAGAUUGAACCCCAAAGGUCUGGGGGUUUGGGACUUUUUUCUAAACCUUGUUUGUGAGGUUUGGCUGUUUCUCAUGUGGAUUUAGGAAGCAUUAUGUGAAAGGGUGGUGAAUAUAGAUUAUGGGGGGCGGGGGGGGGGGGGGGCACCAGUCUAUAAUUCUGUCUGUAAAGCGUGUGUCAGUGUGAGGAGUUAUGACAGUUAUGACAGUGGCAUGGUUUGUUUGGUGAAAUCUGGUGACUGGUUUGGCUGUGGUCUGAAGCGAGAUUUUUGAAUUUCCUGUCUGACAGUCACAUGGACUCCACAAUUCUCUUCCUCUUUCUCCCAUCAGCUGCCACACUUUGCCCCUGAUAUGUCUUAAUUAGCAGACCUCUCUUAUGUUCUUACUUUGGUGGGAGGAAGAAGGGCUGUUUAGGCUUGUGUUGAAUUAGUAGAUAGUUAAUAAACUAGAAAAAAAACUACUGAAAAUGAAAACGGGAAAGACUAGGAAUUCUUUAAUGCUUAGCUCAACUGGAAACUAAUUUCAUGUUUCAAUUACACACUACUCUUUAGUAAAACCUUACUAGAUGCCAAACAGUUACAAGAGAUGUGUGGUUAUACAAAUACAAUUGCUUAAGGCUGUUUAAAGCUAAAUGUCUUAAAACAGACAGUUAUGACCAGGUCAAAUCUGAGCAUUUAUUUCUUUCCGAUGCUAACAUUAAUGUCUGUGAUUAACGCCUGUAUUCACACCCAUUCCUCUUUGGGCAGGCUUGCCCAUAGGUUAUACUCAUGGGAACAAUGACAUUGAAGCUGAAGAACCUCAAAGCAGCUGCUUUGGUGAAAUAACCCUGUUCUACUGCUCAUAGCCUUUGCAUAUUAGUCGAUAACUAAACAUUCCAUUCCAACAGAAAAGGGGUAACUUCAUCGAAACCUCAAAAAGCUUGCAGUUGAGUCUGAAGUAAAACCUUAAAGCUCCUUUGUCAUCCAGAUUUUUUUUGUCAUCCCUGUCCAUAGCUGCAUGUCCCUGAAUUAUGAAAAUUUGAAUUUUCUCAUCUUUGAGGUUCAGUGGAACAGUCACCAAAUGAAAGGCUUGAUCUGUGCUGUGCACUUAAAAACAUAUCUCUGUGAAAUUGGUGAAACUGGAAUCGUCAGGUUUAAACUAAAAUUUGUUUUAUUCUUUCCCAGAUAUUCUUUCCACUUCAUGGUUAUUUGACUGAAGACAUUGUUUUAUAUUUUAUUUAUUGUAAUAUUGCCUGGUUCAUUUGAUGUAUGUGAUGAAAACAGUUUAAACAGUAAAUUCUCUUCUGACUGUCCUGUUCAGACUUACCAGUAGAUGGCUUGUGGUUCUUAUUUGAACACUAAAAUGUCAACGAUACCAAACUUCUUGUACAAGAAAUUAAAUAAAAGAAAAUAUGAAUACAGAUAUUAAAAUAAAUAGCACAUGGUAAACUGAGCGAA